GAACCAUACCUAGGCUUGAAGACGCAACCGCAUCUUCAACUCUCUAGCUCGCUUGCUUCUCCUCCUUUAUCUCCAACCAUCUGGACCCCAUUCCUCUCUCAUCUAACCGCCCAGAAAGCAUGGUCGGGUCUCCCUUCGGCGCCCUCAAACCCCGCCCCGCCCCCGCCAUCAAGUUCCUCUGCAGCUACGGCGGCAAGAUCCUCCCCCGCCAUCCCGACGGCAAGCUCCGUUACGUCGGUGGCGAGACCCGCGUCCUCGCCGUCGAUCGCUCCGUAUCCUUCUCCGAACUGAUGUUGAAGAUGGGGGAACUCUGCGGCACUGCCGUGUCGCUCCGGUGUCAGCUUCCGACGGAGGAUCUCGACGCUCUGAUCUCAAUCACCUCCGACGAGGACCUUGUGAACCUCGUCGAGGAGUACAACCGCUCGCCCCCUUCAUCCUUAAAGAUCAGGGCCUUCCUUUUUCUGCCCAAGUCUGGCAAAAAAAUAUCUCCUCCUCCUUCACUAGCCUCCUCGUCAAGAAAAUCAUCUUCAUCUUCACUGUCCACCACCACCGUGACCGUCGGAUCGACUCCGAGGUUCUCGAAGUGCAUGCACCAGUACAUGGAAAAGCCGAAGCCGGUCGGGUUCCCUCUCUGCAAGGAAAAGUCUGCAGGGCACAAUAGAAUGAUGAUGAUGAUGAUGAUGAGUCACCACCAGGGACACUAUGCUUAUGGGAGCCCUGGACAUGUCCAUCUCAUCCACAAUGGCAACCACUGGCAAUAACACCCCUAAAGCUCCAUCUGCAGAUCAGAACUCUUACAUGCCUUCGGCCUGAAGGAGAAAUACUUCGAUUACGCCACUAUACAUAUUGGGGAAGAAAGAAGCAAGUGCGACAUAUAUAUGUGAUCAUGUAAUGGGAGGGAGGACUGUAAAAAUCAUUUAUGGAUCGAUUAUUUGUGAUCCAUGCCCAAUCAAUGAAUUUUUUGCAGUCCAAAUUCGUAUCGGUUGGACAAGAACAUAUGUCUAUGAUGGUUUUUAAUGUGUUUGAUGGUUUUGCAGGUUAGAAUACAUUUUCCAAUCAAGUGGAUUGGAGAUGCUAAAGAUGAGGAAACAGUCUUCAUUGAACUGGUUGAAAUUGAAGAUUGACUUAAAUCGGCCGGUGAUGGCCGGAGUGCGAUGGGAGAAACCAGUGGCUGUUCCAUAGUCAAACAAGCAUGCUGUUAUAGUCGAAAGCAAUCGGCAAUUUUGAAUUGGGGGCGCGCACUUGGGGGACCAUCUAGCCAAGAGGCCUUUGACAGCUGAAAACAACUGAUGUUGGAGCAAGACCAGAAAGAUUCUUCAUUCCAGCUGGAUAUAGAUAUAUGGAGGUGCAGGUCCUGAACACUCAAGACAAGGACAAUGAACUACCGAAAUAGGAAGAAGGAAAGAAAGUAAAAAAAGA